UAUAUCACGUACUCUUUUACUCUGGAUUUUGCUGCUGGACCAGUAACUUACGUUUUCGUUCAAAAUGGCGGACGACGAUUUGGAAGGGUAUGAUGAUGACCUCGAUGAGGUCGAAGAAGAAGACCACUUUGAAGAUGUAGAUGACUUAGAGCCAACAGAAGACACAGAUAAUAUUGACAUUUUGCCCACAACAGAAGAAAGCCAAGAACCAACAAAAAGAAUCACAACACCAUAUAUGACAAAAUAUGAGAGAGCAAGAGUAUUAGGAACUAGAGCUCUACAGAUAAGUAUGGGUGCCCCUGUUAUGGUGGAACUUGAAGGUCAGACAGAUCCUCUACAGAUAGCCAUGAAGGAACUCAAAGCAACAAACAUCCCCAGACAAAAGCCACAAAGACUGGGCGAUAGAUGAAUUUAUCAUCACAGAAUAAAACUGCAUUGGCGGUAGUUUAGUUGUCAGCAGUUAUUUUAUGUUUUUGAUGUGCUU